UUUUUCUUUUUCAUUCUCGCACUUCGCCAAGAAAAGAAAGAACUCGCAUGUGUUUUUUGGUUGACGGAUUUACUAUGCCGUAGUGCGCGAAGAUUGGACAGAGCAUUUUUCAUAUCCGAUGUAGAUUUUUCUACCGACAUCGAAAAAACAUAAUUAAGUGCGUUGUUUUCCUCUGGCCAAUUGUGGCUAGAUUGUGUAAAAAAAAGUUCAAAGCUCCCCGAUCAAGUAAGCUGGGUGUGAAUGGAUUCCGAUCCAGAGGUCGUGCUGGUGGAAAAAGUAGAUGAAGACGAAAUUUCUACUGAUAAGGAUAGCGGAAUGGAAUCAGCCGGUAAUAGCAAGGAUGACACCCCGGAACGCAAAACGGCAACGCUAGAAGAUUUGCUGCAAGAUGAUGUACCGGAUCCGGUUGUUGCACCAGCACCCGUACAAGCACCGCCUCCUCAAGCAGCAGCUCCGUCACCAAAGCCGCAAUCAACAGCAAGUACAACUACGAAAGCAUCGGCUCCAGCUGCUAUCAAAGGAAAGGAUGACGAUUACGAUGACGAACCAGAUGAGACAUUCGGUGAACGUCUUUGGGGUCUCACCGAAAUGUUCCCAGAGACGGUGCGGAAUGUCACCGGGGCCGUAACGAGUUUCUCUGUGACCAGCGUUAAAACCAUAUACAAGUUCACGUGCAACGCUUCGUGGAUAUUCUUUACCAGUUCGAUGAUUCUUUUCGCUCCGGUCGUGUUCGAGGUAGAGCGGGCCCAGAUGGAAGAGAUGCAGAAAACCCAACAGAAGCAGGUGCUAUUGGGUCCGGGCUCUGCCGUUGGAGGUGGUGGCCCAGGAAAUAUGCCAGCGUUGCCCCCGAUGGCAGCGCGAUAAUCUUUUUCUCCCAAAGGAAAUGAACUAAAAAAUCAUACAUUUGCGAUUAUAUAGCCAUUAGAACGAAUCGAGUCGUGUACAAUUAUUGAAAUAUUUGACAUGAUAAUGGGAGUACAUGAGACAACAUUUCAAGACUAUUGUUUUUACUACAACAGGUUUAAGAGGUUAGUUUUCAAGUGACUAUGAAGUUGAAGAGAAACACCAUCCUAAAAUGAAAAUAGAAGAUUCUUAUUACUUUUAAAACACAUUUGUCUAAUUUUAUGGCUCUAAUUCAUCUAAUUCAUGAACACAAAAUAAAAAAUGUGCAUUGCGUGAAAACAGAAUCUUAUGUAUUCAUUUGAAGAUUGCUCCUUUGUAUCUCUAUCGUUGUAUUACAUUGCAACCCUAUUGAACUAACAAUUAUCGAAUGAAUAUUGCUAAAUGUACAAUUACUGAUUGAUUGUUGCUAAGCCGUAGCCCAUAGAAGUAUCCUAGAGGAUCAAAUAAAUUCAAAAUACCAAUUAAA